ACAACCCCCAUUCUUACCACCCUUUGUUUCUCACGCUCUCAACCCGCACGUCUAAACAAACUCAAUAGAAAAAGUACACAUAUUCACUUUUUCAGAGAAAUAAACUCCUCCUCCCUAUAUCUAUUCAUUUCCCGUUUUCCUUCUUCAUCUUUCUCGCCUCCCCUAAAAUCCUCCUCUCUUCAUCAUGUCCGAUCACUCCGCCGAUCUUCCUGCCGCCGCCGCCGCUCUUAGUGCCGAAGAUCGUGCUGGUCUCGUUAAUGCACUCAAAGAUAAGCUUCAGCUCUUGGCUGGUGAGCAUGUGGACAUCUUGGAAACACUGUCAUCAAAAGUCAAGCAACGUGUUGAGGUUCUUAAAGUUUUGCAGAGCGAACAUGAUGAGCUGGAGACUAAGUUCUUAGAGGAGCGAGCUCAGUUGGAAGCUAAAUACCAGAAGCUUUAUGCACCACUUUAUACUAAGAGGUAUGAGAUUGUGAAUGGUGUUAUUGAGGUUGAAGGAAUAACAGAUGAAACAGUACCCGGAGAAGAAAACAAAGCAGCUGAAGAGAAAGGAGUGCCUAACUUUUGGCUAACUGCAUUGAAGACUCAUGAAACACUGGCCGGAGAGAUUACUGAACGUGAUGAGGAGGCCCUCAAGUAUCUCAACGAUAUCAAGUGGUGUAAAAUCGACAAUCCUAAGGGUUUCAAGUUGGACUUCCAUUUUGAUUCUAAUCCUUAUUUUCGAAAUUCUGUGCUGACAAAAACAUAUCACAUGAUUGAAGAUGAUGACCCUAUAUUAGAGAAAUCAAUUGGAACGGUAAUUGAGUGGAAUCUAGGAAAGUGUUUGACACAAAAGCUUCUGAAGAAGAAGCCAAAGAAAGGAUCAAAAAAUGAGAAACCAAUCAUAAAAACUGAAAAAUGUGAAAGUUUUUUCAACAUUUUCAACCCUCCCCAAAUUCCCGUGGAUGAUGAUGAAAUUGAUGACGAUGUUGUUGAAGAGCUUCAGAAUUUGAUGGAACAUGAUUAUGACAUUGGUUCUACAAUACGAGACAAAAUUAUUCCUCAUGCUGUGUCAUGGUACACGGGAGAGGCUGUAGAGAGUGAUUUUGAGGACACGGAUGAAGAUGGUGAUGAAGAUGAAGAGGAUGAUGAAGAGGAUGAGGAUGAUGAUGACGAUGAUGAUGAUGAUGAUGAUGAGGAAGAAGAUGAAGGGAAGGAGAAAAGCAAGAGCAAGACUUUUAGCACAGAGCACCCUCCUGAUUGCAAGCAGCAGUAGUGUUUGAUUGGGUGCAACAGUCCUGGAUAUAUUUCCUGUCAGUGGUACAAUUACAAUUACUAUAGAGUUUGGGUUAUUUUAGUCAAAAGCUGCAAUUUUACAUUACUAUUGUGACCUUUUCUUGCCUUUUUUUGGGUUAAUCUUUUGGUCUCUGCUUAGGAUUCUUGGGUUUCGAUAUUUAUUUUACAUUGCUAUUGUCCGUCAUUUUCUUGCCUUUUUUUUGGGUUAAUCUUUUGUUUUCUGCUUAGGAUUAUUGGGGUUCUUUGUGUUUGUUGUUUUGCCCAUUGAUAUUUUUUUAUAUUUCUCAUUUUUCUUGGGUUUUAAAAGUAAGUGAUGAGGAUCUGUGUCAUUGUCCAUAUUUACCUAUUGUAAGAAUCUGUACAUAUCUACUUCCAUUACUAUGAUUAUUCUAUCAAA